AUGGCUCCAAACGUGAACACGCGCACGAAUUUCCGGCCACGGCCGCUGGAUGUGCAGCGCAAGCUGACCAUCGUGCGCAACAGGUCGGAGCUGGACGCGAGGGACGAGGGGGAUGGCCAGGGCGGCGACCAGGCAACCGUGCUCACGGGGGACGACACGCGGCCCGCCGGCAAGGGCGCCGCGCACCACCCUGAGUCAGGGGCCCCGGUGCAGCAAAGCAAGAACCCGGACGCCGAGGCGCAGGCCGCCGUGGCGGCCGCGACGCACGCGGACCACGGCGCGGCGGGCAAGGUCGUGGAGAUCCCGGUGCCGGCGAUCCGGCAGGUUCCGACGUACGAGGGCGACUACAAGCCGACGUUCCGUCCGCCGCGCACGUACCUGCGGAGACGCGGGGUCGGGGGGUUCCGGUCGGAGAUUUACAUCAACUACGACCUGGACGCGCAGGAUGUGGAGUGGCUCGACAAGUUCAACGCGGGGCAGAACCGGCUGGCGCCGGACAAGAUGGAGGCGAUGAUGUUCCGCCUCGAGAUGCUCAACAAGCGCAUGACCGAGGACGCGCUGCUCAUGGCCGGCGCGUCCCUCACCGAGCGGCAGUCCCACCAGGCGUGCGCCAUCACCAGCCACCUCACCGACGACAUCGCCAUCGGCGCGCUCGUCGAGGCCAUGGGCCUGCGGCCCGUCGUGUGCCGCCAGGUCGUCAAGUACUGGCGCCAGAAGCGCUCCAAGUUCGGCAAACCCUUUAUUCGGGAGCUCCAGGCCCCGACCAACCCUCAGGACCCCAACCCCAUGCACUGCUUCCGCGCGCGCGAGAAGGCGCACCGCCCGCAGACGCGGCGGCGCCGCGAGAACGACGUGCGCAGCUUCGAGAAGCUCCGCGAGAUGCGGGACAACAUGGCGCAGGCGCUGGCCAUCCUGGAGCAGGUGGUCAAACGCGAGCACCUGAAGCGCGAGCUCGUGCGGGUCGACAUGGGGUUCAAGUCGUACCAGAUGGCGCUCAGCAUGCACAACCGCGACCAGCACGCGCAGAUCGAACGGAACUUCCAGGCCCAGCUCGGUAACCGACAGCGCGAGGCGUUCGGGGAGCCGGACCGCGCGUCGCUGGUGCCGCCGCCGCCCGUGCCGCGGAACCUCGUGUCGCGGGACGCGAUCCGGCGGGUGAUUGCGGCGCGCGUCAGCCGCGAGGGCGCGCUGCGGUCCGUGGCCGCUGCGGGGCCGCCUCCGACGGAGCCGGACCCGACGGCCGCGUUCCUGCUCGAGCAGCUGCCGGAGGCGCACGUGGAGAAGGCGCUCGAGGGGCUGCCGGAGGGCGUGCCGCGGAGGGCGGUCCGGGCGAGGGUUGGCCGCGGCGGGAGGAUCGUGCUGGACAGGUGCAACCCUCUGCGCCCGGACCUGCCGUUCGAGAGCAUGGGCGCGGACGGGCCGAUGAUGAUGGGGCUGAGCGCUGUAAAUAACGGCGGCUGA